AUGGCGACAAAACAGUUCAACACUGGCGAUGUUCCGCCACGCGCCCGUCCCGCGUCCCACGAGACUCAGCCUUUCCUCAAGCUUGAUAACACUCGGCCUCCAAACGCUUGUAGAACUAGUCUUUAUUACGACUUGACUUCUCUGUGGCAUUUUCUCGACUCCGUGGCUUCCACCAAACAUCCUGGGAUAAUGGAGGACACCGAAGCACUCGUCUUGAAACUUGUCCGCAAAGUCCCACCGCCUUAUACUCCACUAAGAAACGAGGAAUAUCGAGUCAUGCAUCUCCAACCUCAGAACUCAAACGGGAUCGUCAAAUGUAGCUUUGUGAGCGCUACAGUUGAAGAAAGGGCCGGAAAGUACAAUGCUAUGUCAUACUGCUGGGGUCCCAUGCCGCAGCCUCGGAAAAUACCGUUUCUUGAAAGAAAGGCCAACGGCGGUAACUCAAACAUUGUUCACCAUGCUUUAUGUCUGGCUGGGCCCCGAACGCGAGGAUAGCGGUUAUGUUCUCAAACGUAUUGCCGACGAGGAUUUUGAGUCCCAGCUACAGGCAAGAUUUUGUAGGGGUAUGGAGCGCCUUUUGUUGAGACCUUGGUUCAGUC